GCGCUUAGGGUGCACGGGCUGUUCCAGGGAUGGCUAAGGGAAAGCGUACUUGGCACUGAUCCCUUCUUUCAGUAUAGACUGCAGUUUACAUUAGGCAGCAUUUUUUUUUUUUGUCAGGGUGAUGAAUGUGUCAUAAAUAGUUCGCGUUUAUAGAGGGGCAGUGGAUGCAUGUUUAGCAAUGCACUUUGCAAGACUUGCGCUGCAGAGAGCCUCCGCGGAACCCACGACCUGUUGCUGACAAGCCGCGGAAAAGGAGAGGGAGAGGGGGAGCCGCUCGGGAGAGACAGAGGGUACUGCCUUGGAGACGACAGCCCGGGUUUCUUCGCGGAGGAAAUCAUGCAGUUUGCUAUCUGGCUGGUUGGACUAAUGUGUCAUCUGUCAGCACUUGUCCGGGACACUUUGCAAUACCGAUUGCAUCCGAAACAAGAAAGCUUCAUCAAGCGGCUGUCAUCGUAUGAAAUCAUCACCCCGCUCCGUGUGAAUGACUUCGGAGAAUCAUUCCCCCACAAAUUGCACUACAGAAGGAGACGGAGAAGUUUAAAUGAUGACCUGACGCGCGUACGGGUUCACUACAGGAUUGAUGCAUUCGGGGAACGCUUUCAUCUCAAUCUGACCGCAUACUCCGACUUCAUCGCCCCCGUUUACACAGUGACACACUUGGGAGCGGAACAGAGCAACGCCACGGACUCCCACUUCCAUGCCCCGAGCGAUAUGCGCCACUGCUUUUUCCGCGGACACGUCAACGCCAAGAGCGAGUACCCUGCCGUCUUCAGCCUGUGCACUGGCCUUAUUGGAACUUUUACGACACAACAUGGCGAAUACUUCUUGGAGCCUCUUUUAAAUGCUGCUGGGGAGGAAUAUGAUGAAGAGCACAACAAACCUCAUCUUGUCUAUCGACAUGAGAGGAAAAAGAACAUCUCGAAUACUGACAACAACACAGAGCCCUGUGCUGCCUCAGAGGACUCCAAGAGGCCCGUUGCUUUUGAGAGCAGAGGGAAUAUAGGAGAGGAGCUAGAAUCUCUCAGAGCCACGAUAGAUGAUCAACACAUUUAUGACAACAACCCCACCAGCACACACCCCAGACCCCCCCGCAGACGCAAGCGUUUCCUCUCCUACCCUCGCUACGUUGAGCUGAUGGUGACAGCAGAUGCCAAAAUGGUGCGUCACCAUGGACGCAACCUAGAGCACUACAUCCUAACAAUCAUGUCAGUAGUAGCAGCAGUGUACAGGGACCCCAGCGUAGGAAACCUUAUCAACAUCAUGAUUGUGAAGCUAGUCAUCGUCCACAAUGAACAGGAAGGGCCCACAGUGAGCUUCAAUGCUGCCACGACUCUCCACAACUUCUGUGUCUGGCAGCAGAGCCAAAACGUCCAGGAUGACAGCCAUCCCUCACACCAUGACACAGCACUCCUCAUCACCAGGGAAGACAUCUGCCGUGCGAAAGAUAAAUGUGACACGUUAGGGCUUGCAGAGCUGGGGACCAUGUGCGACCAGUACCGGAGCUGCUCCAUCAGUGAGGAAAAUGGAAUUAGUGCCUCCUUCACCAUCGCUCAUGAGCUGGGCCAUGUGUUCAACAUGCCUCAUGAUGACAACCCAAAGUGUCGGGAGGCAGGCAUGAAGCACCAGUAUCAUGUCAUGGCUCCCACGCUCAACUAUGACACCAAUCCCUGGUCGUGGUCCAAGUGCAGCCGCAAGUACAUCACAGAGUUUCUAGACACCGGCUAUGGAGAGUGCCUCCUUGAUGAGCCUGUAGGCAGGACGUACGAGCUGCCCACCCUCCUCCCUGGUCAAAUCUAUAAUGCCAACAGACAAUGUGAACUGAUGUUUGGACCCGGUUCCCAAAUUUGCCCUUACAUGAAACAAUGCAAGAGACUGUGGUGUACAAGUGCAGAUGGGGACCAUAAAGGAUGUCGCACACAGCACAUGCCACUGGCUGAUGGGACUGACUGUGGACAUGGAAUGUACUGCAGACACGGGAUGUGUGUAAACAAGGAGUUGGACUUGCAGCCAGUUCACGGGGAAUGGGGACCCUGGGGGCCCUACAGUGUUUGCUCCAGGUCCUGUGGUGGAGGAACCCGGAGCACCAGCAGAGACUGCAACAAGCCUGAGCCCAGAAAUGGCGGGAAGUUCUGUGUGGGUCGCAGGAUGAAGUUCCGCUCUUGCAACACUGAGCCAUGUCCGCGAGGGCGGAAAGAUUUCCGUGAAGAGCAGUGCUCUCAGUUUGACGGCAAGCAUUUCAACAUCAACGGUCUACCUCCCACCGUCCGCUGGGUCCCCAAGUACAGUGGCAUACUAAUGAAGGAUCGAUGUAAGCUCUUCUGCCGGGUUGCUGGUACUACAGCAUACUAUCAGCUGAAGGACCGCGUCAUCGAUGGCACGCCAUGUGGGACAGAUACUUUUGACAUCUGUGUUCAAGGCCUCUGCAGGCAAGCAGGCUGCGACCAUGUUCUUAAUUCGAAGGCCAGGAAUGACAAGUGCGGAGUGUGUGGCGGGGACAACUCGUCGUGUAAAACUCUGGCAGGGACCUUCAACGAUGCUCAGUAUGGUUACAACACAGUGGUACGGAUCCCGGCCGGAGCCACCAACAUUGAUAUCAAACAGGUCAGCUACUCUGGAAAGCCAGAAGACGACAACUACCUCGCAUUAUCUGAUAGCCAGUCCAACUCCCUCCUGAAUGGGAACUUUGUGGUGGCCAUGUUCAAAAGGGAAAUCACCUUCAAGGGAACCGUCAUUGACUACAGCGGCUCAGACACAAAAGUGGAGCGCAUCAACUGCACUGACCGCAUCGAGGAGGAGCUCAUUCUGCAGGUCUUGUGUGUGGGAAACCUCUACAACCCAGAUGUCCGUUACUCCUUCAACAUACCCAUCGAGGAACACAGGGAGCAGUUUGUGUGGGAUCCCUCAGGCUCCUGGCUCGAGUGCAACCGCAUCUGUCAGGGUGAGCGAAGACGAAAGGUGGUAUGUGUGCGUAAGAGUGAUCACCUUGAGGUAUCGGACCAACGCUGUGAACAUUUCCCCCGUCCUGUUGCUGUCACUGAGCCUUGCAACACUGACUGUGAAGUCAGGUGGCAUGUUGCUGGAAAGAGCGAAUGUUCCGCUAAAUGUGGCCCAGGCUACCGCAGCCUGGAUGUUCAAUGUAUGAAGUACAGCCUGAUGAAGAGACAGAGUGAGAGGAUGGAGGCCAGCAGCUGUGGAGACGCCGCCAAACCUCAGACCAGAGAGCCCUGCCAUGGAGACUGUUUGCUUAAGAGCUGGCAGUACAGUGCCUGGUCACAGUGCUCUAAGACAUGUGGACGUGGGAGCCGUAGCAGAGAGUCUUACUGUAUGAACAACCUGGGUAGACGGCUGGUGGACAGGGAGUGCAACGAAUACCAGAGGGUGGUGACUGAAACCUGCAACGACCAGCCGUGUCCGAAGUGGACUGUUAGCGAGUGGAGUGAGUGCCUGGUGACUUGUGGGAAGGGGAUGAGGCACAGACAAGUGUCCUGCAGCAUGGGAUCUGGGGACGAGAAGCUGAGCGAGCAUUUCUGCGACUCAUCAAGCAAACCUCCUGCUGUGGGGAGCUGCGAGCUGCCCGAGUGUGCCUCCUGGCAGGUCGGCGUCUGGGGAGCGUGUGCGGUGACCUGUGGCCAUGGCUACCAGAUGAGAGCUGUUAGGUGUGUGUCGGGGGACUACGGUGACACAGUAGAUGACAGAGAGUGCAAUGCUGCGGCGAGGCCCAGAGAUAGUCAGGACUGUGAGAUGCCGGCUUGUCCGUGGGCCUCUCCAGCACAAAGUACACCUCGUCCUGACAACUCCGCUCAGCUCCUGACUCAGUGGAGAUACGGCUCCUGGACUGCAUGCUCUGUGUCCUGUGGCAAAGGGAAGCGGGCGCGUUAUGUCAGCUGCAGAGAUGCCCAGGGAGGAGUGGCUGACGAAUCACACUGUGCCCACCUGCCCCGCCCCCCGGAGUCGUCCGCCUGCUUCAGCCCCUGUGGCCAAUGGCAUGCCGGGGAGUGGUCUCCUUGUUCAGUGACUUGUGGCGUUGGAAGAAUCACCAGGCAGGUGGUCUGCUCUAACUACCACCAGCCAGUGGACCAGUCUUUCUGUGACCCAGAUGAGAAACCUGCGACAGAACAGGAGUGUACGGCUGCACCCUGCUCCUCUAUCUACCACCGUCAGCGCAUCAAUGACCAGCCCUACGGAUAUCCUCAGGACCCAGGACGCCAUCCUGGGCACAGCAGCUGGAAUGUGCCCUCAGCAGACAACCAGUGGAGGACCGGACCCUGGGGCGCAUGUUCCAGUACCUGUGCAGGAGGCUUCCAGAGGCGAGUGGUGGUCUGUCAGGAUGCUGAUGGACACAGCAACAGCUACUGUGAUGAGAGGGUUAAACCUGCAGAGUCUAAGAACUGCGACUCUGGGCCCUGCCCUCUGUGGAACUAUGGUGUCUGGGGAGAGUGCACCCAGACCUGCGGUGGAGGAAGGAGGACUCGCCUGGUGGUUUGUCAAAGGCCCAACGGCCAGAGGCUCAAUGACUACAACUGUGACGUCCUGGACAAGCCGCCCGACAUGGAGCAAUGCAACCUGCAGCCCUGCCCAGGCUCUGCCUCCUGGCACCGCCAACCAUGGAAGCCGUGUUCAGUGAGUUGUGGUCGGGGGACCAAGCAGCGAGAGAUAGCCUGUGUUUAUCAGAACCAAACCAAAAUAGAGGAGGAGCACUGCAGUCAUCUGCCUCGGCCGCGGACACAGAAGGCCUGUCGGGUGCCGGGAUGCCCCAGUUGGAAGGCCAACAGGUGGAGGGAGUGUUCUGUCACCUGUGGAGUCGGAGUUCAGAACCGAGAUGUUUACUGCAGACUAAAAGGCACUGGACGGGUCAGACAGGGUUUAUGUGAUGUUCACCAGCGUCCUGCCAUUGUCCGGCCAUGCCAAACUGCAGAAUGCACACAUUACACUUGGGUCGCUGGCGAAUGGGAAGAAUGUAAUGCCACCUGUGGAGAAGGCAUGAGAAGCAGGAAGGUGGGGUGCAUGGGCCCGGGGAAGACAACCGUCCAGGAUGAUUACUGUGAGCCGUCGCCCCAGCCACCAUCACACCAGCCCUGCAAAGGAGCUCCCUGCCACUACAUGUGGAUUACAGGCGAAUGGUCACAGUGCUCUGCCAGCUGCGGUGUGGGCUACCAGCAGCGUAUAGUCUCCUGCUCCGUGAUGCCCUCCUCUCAGGCUCUGCGCCCGUAUGCUGCUGCCCAGUCCUCCUCUGGCAGCACCCACUGCCCUGAGCCCCACCCUCCUGGCACCCGGCCGUGCCUCCUCAGGGACUGCCCGCACACAACCUACUGGAAAGUUGGCCCAUGGAGCAAGUGUUCGCAGACCUGCGGGGCAGGAGUGAUGGAGCGCAGAGUGGAGUGCGUGACCUCCAAAGGCCAACCGUCCAAACACUGCCGUCAUUCAGAAAGACCUGAAUCUCAAGCUGCAUGUCAAGACAGAGAAUGCCGGUUGUUCACGUCCUGCCGAGAGGUCCAGAUGAGACAGGGUGUGAAGAUAGAUGGGGAAUACUAUCUCAAAGUCAAGUCCCGGAUCCUACAGAUUUAUUGUGCUGAGAUGCAGACUGAUUUCCCUAAGGAGUAUGUGACCUUGCGCAGCGGUCAGACAGACAACUACUCCGAAGUGUAUGGACACAGGUUUCUGAACCCCUUUGAAUGUCCCUAUAACGGCACCCGAAGACAGGACUGUGACUGUAGGAACGACUACUCCGCAGCGGGAUAUACACUCUUCCACAAAAUUCGUCUGGACCUGAGCUCCCUGAGGAUAAUGAUAACAGACCUCCAGUUUUCCCAGACUCUUCUUGGUCGACCUGUGCCCUUUGCUACAGCGGGAGAUUGUUAUAGUGCAGCCAAGUGUCCACAGGGCCAGUUCAGCAUUAAUCUGAUUGGCACUGGCCUCAAAGUGGCUGAGGCCACCAAGUGGAUAUCUCAGGGCAACUAUGUUUCUGUCAAAGUCCACAGAUCUGAGGAUGGAACAAGAAUCUACGGUCGUUGUGGUGGUUUCUGUGGGAAGUGCAUUCCCCAGGCGCACAACGGCCUACUCCUUCAUGUCCACUGAGGGUCAUGCAGAGACCAAACCCCUAAAUCUAUCCUGAAGACAGUAGCCCAGGAACAUGCAAUAGUAGUGAUUUGUUGGACCCCAUAGUCAUCUGUGAGUGUGGCGGAGGAGCAUUUAACAGUAAUCGUCCUACAGUAACAUCCCCAGUUCCCAAACGGCAGCUAAAACAUACAAGACACUACGUACUGCGCAGUGCUACAGGGCCACUGUCAGGUCCUUCAUCCAAACUGCUAACUCUGAAGAAGAGCCAGCAAUAUUUGCUUGCCAACAGUGUUGCAAUGGCCAUCAAACAUGUCUGCGCUUUGGAACCUAAAAUGAUUAUUAUUUUUUUUUUUUUUACACUGGUAUGUAUUUUUUUUUUAGCAUCAAACAAAGGGAUACACUACUUCAAAACACUGGGAAAGCAACUACACAAAUAGUAGAAAAAACUCUUCAAAAAAGAAAUUCUCAUCUUUAAAAAAUAACUUUUUCUAACGGUGCUUCUGUAAAAAAAAAAAAUUGUCUGGUAAAAAAAAAAAAAAAUCCAGAAUUUUGUGGCUGGAACUAAUCUUGUUAUAUGUUACCUUCUACGGUACAUAGAUAUUUAUAUUUACAGCUCCACUCCGCAUGUAGUUACCACUUAUCUAACUGACUUGCAAUCAAUGAGAUAGUAUAAAAAUCAAUAUACUGUAUGUAUGUAAUAAUCAUUGCAGUCCUCUGGUGACAAAGAAGUGCUACAGACAGACAUUGAAAUAGUAUAUGAGGGAUGGUUAUGUUAUUGUUUUACAGCCAUUAGCCUGAUAUAAAAAAGAAGUAUUAACAACAACACAAAACUCAUAGUAUUUUUUUGCGACUACUAAAUGAGUAAAGGAAUGGUUUGGCUUUUAAGCUCAUUUACUUUAUUGUUGAGAGUCAGAUGAGUAGAUCAAUACCAUUCAUGUGUGUACAGUAAAUAUGAAGCCGGUUAGCUUAGCUUAGCACAAAGACUGAAACAGGGGAAAGCAGCUAGCCUGGCUCUGUCUGAAGGUAACUCUGAAUUUGCCUGCCAGCAGCUCUAAAGCUCACUAAUUAACAUGUUGUAUUCCAUUUGUUUAACCUGCACAAAAACCAAAUUGUAAAAAAAAAAAAAAACAUGGUUUUAUGGGGGCUAGGUGCCAGACUAUUUCUUGAAUAAGCCAAGUUUGUAUCUCUGCAGAUCGGAGACUUUGAGAGGACGUGGUAACUAUCAAUCCUUGUUUAAUUUGGCCAAUCAGUCAGUCAAAAACUAAUUUCACCAAUACACCGCCUGAACCAGUUUUCAAUCACUUUUUAAUUCAGCGAAUCACUUCAGAGUAUUAUUAAGGGAGAGGUACACAAACAACUCACGCUCCAUUGUACCAGACAACUUUUAAACUAGCUAGCGCGCCUGUCUAAUGCUUAUGGCUUGAUCAAAACAACUCCUUGAUCAUAACAGAAUAUAGUAACUUUUACCACUGCUCAUUUUAGAAAGGCCACCGCAAGAAAACUUUGUGUUCUUUGUUUAGAUUAUCAAACAAACAAUGGAUCAUAUAUGUUUGUUUCUGGCUUCCAGCAUUAGCUAGUGAGCCUUAAUUUUCCCAGGAUCAUCCCGGUGGGCGGAGAAGGGUCCACCUGCAGUCCUCCCUCCUGAGGACCCUAGUUCUGUGAGCCAGUGGGGUUUGAGCAUGCGUAGCAGGGUUCUGUUGUAUGAAGUAGGCUACGUAAACUUUCACUUAUUUCACCUCAGCAGUCCACCAAAAUCUGUUUCUGAACAAAUCUGAGACAAGAAAUAAGCAAUCCAGAUGCUGAAUAUUCACUCAUAUUAGAUCUACAAGGCCUAAUUUAAAAGUUUGUUCCGACUUUGGUAAGGCAAGGGCACUACUGCACUUCCGGUUUCCAGUGCUUUUCUAGCCUGUUAGCUUACUACUGUAAUUUCCCAUAGAGGUUAGCGAGUUAGCUAACAUUAGUUUGCAGUUUACUGCAUACAACCUGUGGUAGCUCAUUAGCUGCCAGCAUCUAGCUUUCGAACAAAACUUGUGACGUGUGAUUUCUAAAAUGAGCAGUGGUGAAAGUUCCCAUAUUCUGUUAUGAUGAAAAGUUAUCUACUUCCACUUUAAAAUGUUGAUUAAAAACGUUGCUGUCUGUUGAUACUUUGAUCCUUUGACUAGAGCUGAGACCUUAGGAUCUAAACUUUGAGAAACAAGGCAACUUUGCCUGUGCGUGUCAAAUCUUCCCCUUCUCCCUAUGAGAAAGAUGAUUAGCUGAUUUAAAAACUGAUUGACAACUGGUUCAAGCGGCUUAUUGGUGAAUUUUUUUUUGAUUGACAGAGGACUGUAAGCCUCUGAUUGGCCAAAUAAAAAAAUUAUUGAGUGCACCUUUAGCCUAGCAUCUUUACCUUUGGACAGAGCCAGUUUUGUCUGUUUUCCCCCAUUUCCAGCCUUUAUGUUAAGCUACGCUGACUGGCUGCUGGCUGACUAGCAUCAUAUUUACAGUACAGACAUGAGAGUGGUAUCGAUCUUCUCAUCUUCUCUUGGCAAGAAAGUGAAUACGUGUAUUUCCCAAAAUGUCUAUCUAUUCCUUUGGAGCUCAAGACUUAUAGAAAGAGUAAGUUAGUAACUAACUGCUGAUUUCCUUCCAGACCUGCCUUAUGUCAGAGGUGAAACGUUAGGAGAACGUGAAGAGCCUUUAGAACAACAACAGAUCAUUUUAAUUUUCAUUGUUGUGUAUUUCUAAAGUCUGUCUGCUGUCAUCUGCUGUCAGGUAUUUCACAAAACUACUUUAACCUGCGUAGAUGGUCCACUGACUGACAUAUAUGGCUGUCACAUAGAGAUAGAAUAAACAAUAGUGCUGUGAGGAAAUAGCUGAAAUUUUUCAGUAUUUCCUAGUGUUUAAGUACAGUAUAAACAUUUUCUGUGGCUUUUUUAAACCAUGAGGAUUCUUUUAUUUUUAGAUUUUUAUAGGUGUUUUUCUCUAAUUACACCACACAGACAAGUUCUCAUCUGUUACACCGUGACACAGUAUCAGGUGUGGUGUCUCACCUCACACCCUCCAUUGGGCCUACCGUAGGUACCUGCAACCCCUACCUCUCACAAACAUCCAUACUCUACUGAGAUAUGUGUUGUAAUAUAUUUAUGUUUGACCGUAUUUAUUCUGUAAUGACUGUAGAUAUGUUCUGUGUUUUAAGGUACAAUGACUACUACCAACGGAGAAGCCAUUGUCUGAUGUUUUUUGUCUUUUGUCUGCUUUGCUAAAAAAGGCAUUAGCCUACUACUUUUUGUAGUGUAUAACCACUAACCAUAAAUUAGGAUAUUUUGAAUGGUGCUUUUGGACUACUGGAAUUACCUCUGAUCUUGAGAAGGAAAACACUGGCUUUUGGCUCUUUAGCAGAUGUAGGGUCUACUUAUAACACAUGUAAUGGUCCUCUCAUUAAUGUAGCUGAAAAUGUAGCUGCAAGGUUGCCAGAUAUAUCAGAUAUGUCAAAUAAACCACUGCAUGAGGAAAUAUGCUCUUGAGUAGUACUUAACUCAUUAUAAAUGACUUUCGCCAUGACCACUGCUUCAACUAUCAAGCAACCUAACAUGCUGGCACUCUGAUGUUAAGCUUUAACCAAAGUUAGAAAAUAGAUAGAAUAGAAUUUUCUUCUUCUCAGACAAUGCAGCUUCUUUCGAUUUAAAGAAUGGCUGAAAAAUAAAUAUAAAGUAAAUGAGCAGCUAGAAAACCUUUGGCCAUCAUUCAUUUUUAUCAUGGUCAAUUGUUCUAUGAGGUCUGUAUCAGAAAGUUAAAGAAUACUUGAUGCACUAUGUGCCAUAAAUUUUGUAGAAAUGUAAUCCUGUUUGUUUUUUUUUGUAAUAACCGUUAAGAUUUGUAACUUAUGAUAUAUGUGUAUUUUUAAUAUUCAUACUUGAAUUGUAAACAGUGUGCUAAAUAUUGAAUGGGCAUUGGUACUGAAUAGAGAAACAGUGUGCUUGUUUGCCAUGGUUUAUCCAAAGAUGUUUUUACGAAUCAUAUGUACCUACAGUACAGUAUGUGUGUAGCCUGUAUAAAAGAAAUGAAUGAUUGAUUAUGGUGCUAUGAUUACUAAUCAUACCAAUACUGUAAGUCUUGCUACUAUGCUAACGCUGUAAAAAAGAAGUAAUAAUAAAAAAUGCUUUUCAGCUGACUCACAA